AUGCGUCGCAACCAGUACUUGGGCCUUCUGGCCUCGUCCCUUUCUCUCACUAGAGCCGUCGAUCUUACCGGCUACGAGUAUGUCGUUGUCGGAUCCGGCGCCGGAGGCGGACCGGUUGCUGCUCGCCUUGCCUUGGCAGGUCACAGCACUCUGCUCAUCGAGGCUGGAGAUGACCAGGGAGCCAACAUCAACUACACCAUCCCCGCCUACAACGCCAAGGUCUCCGAGGACGAGAAGGUCGCCUGGAACUUCUUCGUCCGCCACUAUGCAGACGAUGCACAGCAGGCCCGGGACUGGAAGACCAGCUAUGAUCUGCCUGAUGGAUCGGUAUACACUGGUCUUGACCCGCCAGAGGGUGCUGUCAUGAAAGGCACUCUGUACCCGCGCACUGGAACCCUUGGUGGCUGCACUGCUCACAAUGCUCUCAUUGCCGUGUAUCCCCACCAGUCCGACUUUGAAUACAUGGCCCAGUUGACUGGUGAUGACUCCUGGUCGCCAAGCAACAUGAGAACCUACUUUGAGAAGAUGGAGAAGAACCAGUACCUCCUCCCGGGCAUUGAAGGUCAUGGAUAUGAUGGUUGGUUGAGCACGGAGACUGCACCGUUGAGCAUUCCUCUCGGUGACACACAACUUCUCUCCAUGUUGACCGGUGGUGCAUGGGCCUUGGGUAACUUGACCGGCGGUAUCAUUGACCUCGCGACACUCAUUGCCGGUGACGCCAACGCCGACACCCUGGCCCGUGACCAGGAUCCCUCUUACUACCAGAUUCCCCUGAGCACCAAUGAUGCCCACCGCACUGGCUCGCGCGAGUUCGUGGUCUCCGUCCGUGACGCUGUCAAUGAUGAUGGGUCCAAGAAGUAUCCUCUUGAUGUCAGAUUGAACUGCCAUGUCACCAAGGUUGUCUUCGAUAACAGCACCUCUCCACCAACUGCUACUGGCGUUGAGUUUUUGGACGGUGCCCACUUGUACAGCGCAAGCCCUCUCAGCGGGGGGUCUGCUGCUGGCGUCCCAGGCACUGCUACUGCCUCCCGUGAAGUCAUUGUCGCUGGUGGUGUCUACAACUCGCCCCAGCUGCUGAAGCUGUCUGGUGUUGGACCCCGCGCUGAACUAGAAUCUUUUGGUAUUCCUGUGGUUGCUGAGCUUCCGGGUGUCGGCACCAACUUGCAGGAUCAUUAUGAGAUCUCCGUCAAUGCCAAGGUUCCCACCAACUGGACUGCUUUCGACGGCUGCACAUUCAGCUUGGAUGGAGAAGCAGACCCUUGCAUUGACCGUUGGAACAACUCUAUUCUGGGCGACCGCGGUACCUACUCAUCCGCUGGUCUAGCAGCCACUAUGCUCUACAAGAGCACCGUCACCGAGGACGACAGCUACGAUGUUUUCGUCUUUGGCGGUCCUGUCAACUUCCGUGGAUACUUCCCGAACUACAGCUACAACGCAACCAAGUUGCAUGAUUGGUUCUCUUGGGCCAUCCUCAAAGCUCACCCGCGUAACAGGGCCGGUAGUGUUACGCUCCGCAGUGCUGACCCGCUCGACAUGCCCGAGAUUCUGUUCAACUAUUUCCAAGACGGUGCCGACGAGGAUCUCCAGGCCAUCUACGAGGCUAUUGAGUUGGCACGUGAUGCAUAUGAGCGCCAGCUCGUACCGACGAUUGAGAACCUGCCCGGCAACACUACCGACACUGAGGAGGCUGUCAAGCAAUACAUCCGUGACGGCACGUGGGGCCACCACGCCUCCUCAACCUGCCCUAUCGGUACUGACGACGACGAGUUUGCAGUCCUCGACUCGAACUUCCGUGUACGCGGUGUCAGUGGCCUGCGUGUGGUAGACGCCUCUGUCUACCCGCGCAUUCCGGGUACAUUUACUGCUGUGUCGACCUACAUGAUUGGAGAGAAGGCGGCAGAUGUUAUCCUUGCUGGACUUGCUUCCAAUACAACUUCAGCAUAA